AUGAAGUUCCUGGCCCUGCUUUUCCUGCUGUCGGUGGGCGCAGCCAGCACCGAGGUCUCUCCCAGAGCCAUGUGGCUGUUCCGCAAUAUGAUCAAGUGCACCCUGCCCAAGAGCCACCCACUGCUGGACUUCGCUGACUACGGCUGCUACUGCGGCUUGGGGGGCAGCGGCACUCCAGUGGAUGAGCUCGACAGGUGCUGCCAAGUACAUGAUAAGUGCUACUCACAGGCAAUGGAAAUGGAAUCCUGCAAAUUCCUCCUGGACAACCCCUACACUAAGCUGUAUCGCUUUAGCUGCUCUGAUGGGGAGAUCACAUGCAGCAGCAAGAACAAGGAGUGCGCCAUGUUCAUCUGCAACUGCGACCGCGCCGCUGCCAAGUGCUUCGCCAAGGCGCCCUACAACCCCGAGCACAAGAAGCUGGACACGGACAAAUACUGCUAA